CAUACAUUAUAAAAUUGUAGACAUAGCAUGGUCCCAUUUGUGUUAACUGGAGGGAGAUUUUUAAAGAACUGAACUUUCAAAAUUAUAUGACUCAGACAUUAGAUUACCCAGGAACAUGAGACUUCCUAUGAGAAUAUCUAAAGAUUUCUUGUUUGUAUCACAUCUUCUCACAGCUUUGUAGAAAUGGAGAUAGCCAGACAUUUCAACCAUUGACAGAGAUAUGCUGCAGAGAGUCUGAAACAAUUUACCACCAUGUUACCCAAGACACAUAGAAUGAGCAAUUACAAAAUUAUAGAAACAACUGUGACAAUUUCUUUAUAAAUUUCUUUUAAUUAUAUAUUCAUCUAUAGUCUCUUUACUGAGUAUACAUUUUUAAAAGUGAUUAAUUGGCUUUCAAUUACUCUUUCUGUAGGCAUAGACUAUCAUAAGAAGGUAUUCAACAGAGUGCUAACCAUGAUUAUAGUUAUGAAAGAUGGCAAAACCUGGAUAUUUCCCCAUGGUCGUCAGAGUUAAAUCAGCAGAGCACAACCACUAGGAGUGAUAGAGAAUAUAGGAUUUAUUAUAGGGAUCUGCUCUUACACGAUUGUGGGAGCUAGUUAAACAGCUUAUAUUCGGUUGUUUCUGCAUCUGGAGAUGAGCCUGACGUCCAUAGGGCAGGAGUCAGGAAAAAGUAAAGUGCAUGAAACAGAAAGCAGGGCCCUACACAUGUGAACUAAAACCCCCACCCGUCUCCACUGCCCAGGCCUCUGACUUCAGUGAUGUGGGAGAUACUCUUGCCCUUGUCACAGAGCUGAUGUGCGCCUGGACCAGGAGGCGGAAGUCCCAGAAGCUCAAGAACUCCAGCUGGAGCUAAAAGAGUUACGGGUCCAGCUACUGCCUCACACCAAGAUGUCUCUGUACAAUGCCUGCACCAGGAGGAUAUUGUUCUACAAAUAAGGGCCCAGUGUGACAUUUAUGAAAAAACAGGGUCCUCCUGCACACAGCUGAUUGGUGCUCAGCCAAUGGGCUCCAAGGGCAUUGCAAAAAAAGGCACCUUCUCCACUGAGCUGAUCAGAUGCAGGACUGCGACUCUCCUUUGCCUGUGGAACUUCAGGAAAUGCUCAACUUCUGUCCUAGCAGCACACAUCUGUGACGAGCGAAGAGCAACCGGACUUUAAAAAUGAAACAUCUUCUUCCCCAAUUCCCUCCUGUCUUGGCUCUCUAUUGCUUCUGUGUGCUCCAGAUUCCCGCCUCAGGAUUUCCACAAUCUUUUGCUGAUCCUCCAGAUGGCUUGGAUAUUGUGCAGCUUGAGAGGCUGGCCUAUUGGGCAACUCUUCCUACGCAACCUAAGGAUAAUCAAGACAUACAGAAAAGGUUCCCUCCCGUGCACCCUCUAAUGCACCUGGCUGCCAAGCUCGCCAACCGGAUGAUGAAGAGAUUUCUACAGCGAGUAUGUGCUUUUCUCUUUCAUGAUAUUUCUAUGCCACUAAAAGUUCAUAAAACCAUCAUAAAUGCAUGUGGCUGCCUUGCCUGCAUUCUCUCCUUGAUUCUAAGUUUCUGCCUUGGGAGGGAGCUCUGGCCCUUGACCUUGCACGGAUUCCUUAACCUCCCGAGCCUCGGUCCCCUCCACCGUGACCCCAUAGGUGACUGCAGGGUGAGGGAGGGCGCAUGGUCCUCCCUGGGGCGGCCUUUCCUGUCCUGCUCUCUUCACCUGUAUGUCUUGGCACCUGCUCCUGAGGAUUUGCUUUCUUUGAUUCACAUGCCAAAGGGGCCCACAUGCCCAUUGCACAAACCUGGGAAGAGAUACUGCAGGGGACACAAACCCCAGGAUGACGCUGCCACCCUGGGACGACCAUUUUUCCUUUUCAGGCCAAGGAAUGGAAGAAACACUGACAGUGACACCCAGUAAGACAUCCCAAGAAUUCAAUGCAAAGGGAAGGUGGAUCAGAUGAGGCAAUCGAGCCAUUAUUGUGAACAAAUGUCAAAUUCCUUUUUGUGAAGAGUCUUUAAAGAUAAUUGUUGUGCUCUAUAUUCACCAAGAUAUUUAGUUGUAUAAAAAAUAAAGUAGC